AUGUACCCUAUCUUUCGUGCGCGCUUUUCUAUUCUUACUUUGUUUCUGGCUAUCAUUGUGCUCUCUACUGCCGUACAACUGCCAAUAAACAAGCCAAUAAGUGCAACGCUCGCAUUCAAACCUACUUCAUCUAAAUCAAAUCUGCAUGGCUCGUUCAACUUGUUUGACGACAGACUAAGAAGUGGAACGAUGAUAUCUGGAUCUUUCCAUUCUGGACUGGAUAAAGACCACAGAUACUUGUUUAUUGCAUAUGCCGACUCAACUUGCAAUAAUCUGACCACAAACAGGUUCUUCAAAUUUGAUGUUACCGACACCUUUUCCUUUGAUAAACUGAAUAAGAUCGGAGGCACAAACUAUAUACAGAAAACGGAUUUUACAUGGUUCUGGGAGGAAGACGUGAUAGUAAAUACAGCCAUAGUUGCGUACAGAAACUGUAGUAAGAUUAGGUCCGGAGAUGAAGAUGGAGAUAUUGAUGAAGACAUUCAUAUGAGAUGGAAAAAAUUCGGAUGCGGAGAUAUUAAAAUAAUAUCUGGCUAG